AUGAGGGCCCUGGGGACACUGGUCGUGCUGAGCACCUGGCUCCUCUCGCCCGCCCGGGCCCAGGCCGCGGAGCGGCACCUGAAGCCCUGGCUGGUGGGCCUGGCGGCCGUGGUGGGCUUCCUGUUCCUGGUCUUCCUGCUCAUGCUGGCCAACCGCGUCUGGUGCUCCAAGGCCAGAGCUGAGGACGAGGAGGCCACCUUGAGGAUGGAGCCCAGCGUGCAGCAGGACGAGAGCCCCAGUAAGGGACGCAAGAGGGAGAAGAAAGGGAAGGAGAGAGAGGCCGAGGAGGGAGGAGAGCGCAACCUGGCGCUGGAGCUGGAGGAGCGGGAGCCGGGAGCCAGGAGGACGGCGCUCUGA